CCAAAAGUUUGUCCAAUAGUACGGCUGUUUUGACAAUCAUACUUACACUACCCCCCACAAAAAUAACGARUGUCACUGGUAAUGGCGUCGAGUCUGGCAAGUCAUGGACGUAGUCACGUCGUUUCGCGAGCGAARAAGACGCCUUCCCCAUCUACCCUUGUCCCUAGAACCCCUAACAAGCCUGUAACGGAUUCCAAGAAGCGUUUAAACAGUUCUGAUGGGAGUUCAAAGCGUCAUGUUACUUCUACCAGUCCGUUUCGUGUGGAGAGAUCAAACAGUCGRCCCUCCGACCGUCUAAAUCCUAAAACUGUAGAUCCGUUCAACGACAAAACUCCGAAAUCGUCUUUUGCCGCAGUCUAUGCUAAUGGAGGGGUACCUUGCAGACUUGUGCAUGGCUCUGUGAAGCAUAAGCUUUCAUGGGAUACGCCACCUGAAAAUUUACAGUAUGAUCCCAUACUGGUUACAUUAGCAGAGGGAUUGAGGGAAACAAAGCAUCCAUAUAUGUUUGUAGCUCGUGAAGGCUUUAAGCAAAUGUUAGAAGUUGAAGAUGCGACAUYACGAGUGACACCUCUCGUUCCUAAACUUAUCUUGCCAUUAAGGGCUGCUCUGUCAUCUCAAGAUCUGGAAGUGUUUGAUGCUGCUUUGACCGCAUUGGUUCAGCUGAGUCAAGUGACAGGAGAUGUAUUAAUCCCACAUUUGAAAACGUUACUGCCUCAUGUAUCAAGGAGGCUGAUGGAUAAAACACUUAAAGAAAGAAUAGUGUAUGCUUUACAACAGAUAGAGAGAAGUUGUGGGAAGGAAAGCCUCCCAAUUAUCAAGCUGAAGAUCCCCACUUAUUCAUCUGUUUGCUCAUAACAAAUAUUGUAAAAAAAUGUAAAUCGAGCUUUAUGAUGCAUUUGGUGAUGGUAAAGGAAGAGAUUAAUGAAGAGACCACGUUGGGUGGUGCACGCACGUGUCUUCUAAUGGAACAAUUCAAAGAAGAAAGGAAGGAUGAAUAUAUGCUAUUUUUGAUCAAUUGAGUUUAAGUUUUUACACGAAAGGAAAAAGAUGUAUUUUUGUAAAAUUCUGUUAGGAUUUAUUGGGAUACUGCUGUUCCCAAUGAUGUGUUACGCAAUGUGUAGUCUGAAAAAGUGCUUAAAAAGUAAAAGGGUCAAUGUCAUCGSAAUAUUCAUUUAUCAAGGAUAAAUCAUUGUUUUUAUACAAACAAAUCGUCUUAGAUUGAUUUUACSUUUGAUAACGAAAUCGAGGUCAUUAGAAGUGUUGAUUCUGUAUAUAUCCUUUUAUUAUGUCUAUCUGGAUGCCCUGGAACCUGUAAAAUUUCUUACUUUGUAUAAAUCCGUUUAUUUUGCRUCGGGUGUGUCACUUGAACCACAGGGGGCCCAAGAAAAUGACUUUGAAUCUAUAAUUGUUAAAAAUAAAAUUUUACUUCUGAAAACGGUUUACUUUUGAUUUAUUUAGCCUCACUUUGCAUUAUUUUUCAUAAAAAAAAGAUAACCUAAACAAGCUUUAGCUAGCAGAUUAAAAUGAUAAAACCUUAAAACUGAAAAAGUAAAGAAAAAAGCGGAAGGUUGACCGCAGAUGAAGAUAGUGGGUAAUAUUCUAACAAAGGUAGUCUUUAAGUAUAUGUCAAUUUAAAAUUUAAAGUGCUAUUAUAACGUACAAUUCAUUYGUUACUUAAAAUACCGGAAUGCAGCAGAAAGCGGCUGAAGUUCCGGUCGAAUUCUUAAAGUUAAUUGACUACACAUCUAACUUGGAUACACUUUUACUAGAAAAUUUCCCUUACACAAUUGUUUAACACUUCGGUGAUCUACUAACUAUAGCAUUGASCCUUUUCAAGGAAACAUUGUAGUGGACGACAUGCUUUGAUCUGGAAAAUKAAAAUUAAACAAGGUUAUACUUUUA